AAGGGGGCGGGGUUUCAGGGGGACUGUCUGAAGCUGGGAGAGCAGGGCGAUUAGAUCCCGCAAACCUGCUAAUGGCCACAGCUCAGGGGCGGAGCCUAAGCAGCGACGGCCAAAACCCUUCGCCAAUGGGAAGGGCAGGCUUACAGAAUUAAAGGGGAAUGAGCGCUUCGGCCGAAACACCAAGUCCUGCGUUUUCAGCAGAGGAAGAGACCUGGUACCUUUAAGAGACCCCCCCGGCCGCCCUCCUCCUUCCCUUGUUCCUGUGGCUGGGGGGGUACCCCCUCCCUCCACGCCAUGGAGCCAUCUCCUCUCUCUCCCAGUGGGGCAGCACUCCCCCUGCCUCUGUCACUGGCCCCACCCCCACUGCCCCUGCCUGCAGCUGCAGUGGUCCACGUGUCCUUCCCUGAGGUGACCAGUGCCCUUCUGGAGUCCCUCAAUCAGCAGCGGCUACAGGGCCAGCUCUGCGAUGUGUCCAUCCGAGUGCAGGGCCGGGAGUUCAGGGCUCAUCGUGCUGUCCUGGCUGCCUCCUCCCCUUACUUCCACGACCAGGUUUUACUCAAGGGCAUGACCUCCAUCUCUCUGCCCAGCGUCAUGGACCCGGGCGCCUUCGAGACUGUCUUGGCUUCCGCUUACACUGGUCGCCUCAGCAUGGCUGCUGCUGACAUUGUCAACUUCCUCACAGUGGGGUCGGUGCUCCAAAUGUGGCACAUCGUGGAUAAGUGCACUGAACUCCUCCGCGAAGGCCGGGCCUCAGCCACCACCACCACCAUCACCACUGCUGCUGCCACUUCUGCCACUGUCCCUGGUGCUGGGGUCCCAUCAGGGAGUGGGGCCACUGUGGCCCCUGCCACCAUGGGCUCUGUGCGCUCCCAUGCCUCCAGCCGAGCCAGUGAGAAUCAGUCCCCCAGCAGCAGCAACUACUUCAGCCCCCGAGAGUCCACUGAUUUCUCAUCUUCUUCCCAAGAGGCAUUUGCAGCUUCUGCAGUGGGCAGUGGGGAACGUCGAGGAGGUGGCCCUGUAUUCCCAGCCCCUGUGGUUGGCAGUGGCGGGGCUACCUCUGGGAAGCUGCUGCUGGAGGCAGAUGAGCUCUGCGAUGAUGGGGAUGGGAGAGGUGCUGUGGUCCCUGGGGGUGGGCUCCGGCGGCCCACCUAUGCACCCCCCAGCAUCAUGCCACAGAAACACUGGGUAUAUGUGAAGCGGGGUGGAACCAGCCCAGCACCAGCACCCCUCGUUCCCCAAGACCCAGAUCUGGAAGAGGAUGAGGAGGAGGAAGACCUGGUGUUGACCUGUGAGGAUGAUGAAGAUGAAGAGCUCGGGGGUGGCUCCAGGGUUCCCGAGGCUGGAGGACCAGAGGCUACCCUUAGCAUAAGUGAUGUCCGGACCCUGACUGAGCCUCCGGACAAGGGAGAGGAGCAGGUCAAUUUCUGUGAGUCCUCCAAUGACUUUGGCUCCUAUGAGGGUGGGGGUCCUGGGGCGGGGCUUGAUGAUUCUGGGGGGCCAACCCCUUCCUCCUAUGCCCCCUCCCACCCUCCGAGGCCCCUGCUUCCCUUGGACAUGCAGGGCAACCAGAUCCUGGUCUUCCCAUCGUCUUCAUCCUCCUCCUCCUCCUCCUCCUCACAGGCCCCAGGCCAGCCACCAGGGAACCAAGCUGAACACGGGGCGGUGACCCUGGGGGGCACCUCAGCAGGGAGCCUGGGCAUGCCGGCUGGUGCUGGAGGGACCCCUGGAGGGGCAGGCAGUGGGGAUGGGAAUAAGAUCUUUUUGUGCCACUGUGGGAAGGCCUUCUCCCACAAGAGCAUGCGAGAUCGGCAUGUGAACAUGCACCUCAACCUGCGGCCCUUUGACUGCCCCGUGUGCAACAAAAAGUUUAAGAUGAAGCACCACCUGACGGAGCACAUGAAGACACACACAGGUCUGAAACCCUAUGAGUGUGGCGUCUGCGCCAAGAAGUUCAUGUGGCGAGACAGCUUCAUGCGCCACCGGGGACACUGUGAGCGCCGGCACCGCCUGGGCGGGGGCGGACCCGGACCCGGAGGGCCCGCUGGGCCAGCCCUGCCGCCCAAGAGAGAGUCUCCUGGAGUGGGUGGGGGCAGCGGCGACGAGGCGAGUGGGGCCACGCCCCAGUCCAGCCGAAGGGUCUGGUCCCCACCCAGUGUCCACAAGGUGGAGAUGGGCUUUGGUGGAGGAGGAGGAACAAACUGAAGGGGGGCUCCUGGAGGCAGCUUUGGGGGAAGAGGAAACCGGGAGCACCAGCCAGGGGCGCUGUGGCCCUCAGGUGAUCUCCCACCACGCUUACUGUCUUCCUUAUCUCUACCGGACUUGUAUAUAUUUUGGAGGGGGAACAAUGUUGCACCAUCGGCCACCCCAUUCCAUCCCUCAGCCCCUCUCCCACAAAGUAUCCCUGGAACUAAGUCCUUCCUUUCCCUCAGCUCCAGACUAGGGCGCAUAUGGUGGUGGGGGGAGGGAAAGGGGCUAUGGAGCAUCCUGGAGUCACAGGGUCAAGGGUCAGGUGGUUGUAGUCUGUACCUGAAGUCUGUGUUUGUGUUGUUGUGGGGACCAGGUUUUGAGCCCCACCCUUGUCCUAGAACCUACCCCACCCCGCUAAGGACGUGCCCUUUAUUUCCACCCUAAUCCCUCCUAUCUCUCCUUGGGGGACCUCCAACUGGAUUCUCAUUGAGGAGGGAGUGAAGACAAGGAGGGAAUAUAAGUUGUAAGAAUACAAGGUUUUUAUUUUAAAUCUUAUUUUUUUUAAAAUGGUGAUUAAAAUAUUUAUUGGUCAUUUCA